AUGGCAACGUUAAGAAAUGGAGAGAAUGAUUAUGGAAAUGGCAGUGACCUUACGGCAACAGCAGCAGCAAUAGCCACAACAGCAGCAACAGCCACAAGAACAACCGCCACCACCACUGAGAAGUUAUUUGAAGUCUUUCCUUGUACCGAAGCUCAGAAGGUGCAAUUGGCUGCAUUCACUUUUGGGGAUGAGGCGCAGAGAUGGUGGAUGCUUACGAGAACUAUACAUCAAGGAUUGACAUGGGACAGGUUAUUGGAGAUAUUCUAUGAUAAGUAUUUUCGACAAAGUAUGCAAGAUAAAAAGGUGACUGAAUUUGAAACCCUCAGGCAAGGGAACAAGAUUGUUACUGAGUAUGAAGCUCAAUUUGCCGAGUUGGCCCGGUUCGCACCUCACAUGGUGGACACGGACUAUAAGAAGGCACGGAAAUUUGAAGGGGGAUUACGGGGUGCUAUUCUGGACCGAGUUAAUAUGUUGAAGCUGCCUACCUAUGGAGAAGUGUUGGAGAGGGCCGUUAUAGCAGAAGGGAAUAUCGCUGCACAAAACCGAAGUUCUGAAUGGAAGGGGAAAAGGCAAAACAGUCAAUGGUCGAAGGGGGCAACUACUUCACCAAAUAAGAAACAAAAUUCAAGGACUUCAAAUGUUUCUUCCCCUAAUCAAGAUUCGGUUCCUGUAUGUGUAGAGUGUGGAAAGAGGCACCGUGGGAUAUGUUAUCGGAAGUCUGGAGCCUGCUUUCAAUGUGGAAAGACGGGCCAUGUGAUAAGGGAUUGCCCUCAGAGGAAGCAGUAA